UUGUGUAAGUUGCUGCGCAAAGACGAGGAAAGUGGAAAAAAGCAAAUAUAAAUAAACAGAGAAACAAGAAGCCAUCCAUCUUCCUUCUCUUCAUCACAAUCCUUGCAUACUUCAACUUGGAUUCCAUCUAGCCAUGGCGGAUCUGUUCAGCGGAGGCGCAGUGGGCGCAGUCAUGGGCGAGUUGCUAAAAGGCGCCAUCGCCACCAUAAACAAGGGUCGCGAAUUCCAUCCCACUCUCGAGAGCAACAUAGAAACCCUAAACUCUCUUGCUCCACUCGUGGAAGAGAUGAAACGUUACAACGAGAUGUUGGAUCGGCCAAUAGCAGAGAUAGGCAGGUUGGAGAGUCGCAUACGCGACGGUCAACAGUUGGUCAACAAGUGUUCAAAAUUCAGCCUCUGGAGAGCGCUCUCUUUUCCGUACUACCAGGGGAAGCUUCGGAGCAAGGACGAGGCUCUGAAGAGGCACUUGUCGAUACAAGCGACGGCGGAGAACAAGAGGGACUUGAUGGAGGUGGUUUUCAGCGUCAGGAAGAUUCUGGAGAUUCUGCUGAACAAGGAGGGUAUCGGGGACUAUCCUGGUGGGUAUGAGUUGAGGGGGCUGAGAGGGGCUCCGGAAGAGCCCGAGUGUAUGGGAAUGGACGAGCCUUUGAGCAAGCUGAGGAGUGACCUGCUCAAGGAUGGUGUGUCCGUGAUGGUGUUGACUGGUUUGGGUGGAUCCGGGAAAAGCACUCUGGCUAAGAAGAUAUGUUGGGACGCUCAGGUCAGAGACAAGUUUGGGGGAAACAUCUUCUUUGUCACCGUCUCAAGAACGCCCAACUUGAAGACCAUUGUAGAGACACUGAUUGAAUACUGUGGAUGUCGGGUGCCUGACUUUCAAAGCGAUGAAGAUGCAAUUAACCGAUUGGGAAUUCUGCUGAGGCGUGUGGGGAAAAAUCCAAUAUUGUUGGUCUUGGAUGAUGUUUGGCCUAGCUCAGAAGCCCUUAUUGAGAAGUUCAAAAUCCAAAUACCUGAUUAUAAGAUUUUGGUGACUUCAAGGGUUGCAUUUCCAAGAUUUGGGACCCCAUGCCAGUUGGAUAGACUUGAUCAUGAUCAUGCAGUAGCCCUUUUCUGUCACUUUGCACAGCCGAAUGACGGGGGAUCAUACAAGCCUGAUCAAAAUCUUGUAGACGAGAUUGUGAGAGGUUGUAGGGGUUCACCUUUGGCGCUUAAGGUCACAGCUGGAUCACUCUGUGGGCAGCCUUUCGAGGUGUGGCAAAACAUGAAGGAGCGUCUACAAAGUCAACCCAUUCUGGCACCUUUGCUUUGUCGUCUUCAACAAAGUUUAGAUAUAUUGGAGAAAAAGUUUUCCAUCGAAGAAAAGGUGUGCUUCAUGGAUCUAGGGCUAUUUCCUGAAGACCAAAGGAUCCCUGUUGCUGUCCUCAUUGAUAUGUGGACAGAACUGUAUAACCUUGAUGAAGAUGGCAAGAAUGCAAUGACCAUCGUCCAUGAUUUAACCACCAGGAAUUUGAUUAAUGUCAUAGUUAGAAGGAAAGUUGCAAAUGAUGCAGACAUGUAUUACAAUAACCACUUCGUUAUGCUGCAUGAUCUCCUUAGAGAGCUAGCAAUCCAUCAAAGCAAAGAGGAACCAUUUGAACAGAGAGAAAGACUGAUUAUUGACUUAAAUGGAGAUAAUCGUCCUGAAUGGUGGGUAGGAAAGAAUCAGCAAGGAAGCAUUGGCCGUAUGUUCUCAUUCUUCCUCGGAAUGUUGGUAGGACAGAAACAGCUCAGAGUCGCUGCCCGCAUAUUGUCGAUUUCAACUGAUGAAACGUUUACUUCAGAUUGGUGUGACAUGCAACCUGACGAAGCUGAGGUUCUGAUUUUAAAUCUUCACUCUAACCGGUACUCAUUACCUGAUUUCACAGAGAAGAUGAGUAAACUUAAAGCUCUGAUAGUCACAAACUAUGGUUUCCAUCGUUCUGAAAUAAAUAAGUUUGAGCUACUUGGCUCUUUAUCUAACUUGAAAAGAAUCAGAUUGGAAAAGGUUUCAGUCCCUUCCCUGUGCAUGCUGAAGAAUCUGCGAAAAUUGUCCCUUCGUAUGUGCAACACAAGGCAGGCUUUUGAAAGCGGUUCUAUCCAAAUCUCAGAUGCAAUGCCAAAUCUAGUGGAGAUAAGCAUGGACUAUUGCAAUGAUCUGGUUAAAUUGCCUGAUGGGCUGUGUAGCAUUACCCCAUUAAAGAAGCUUAGUAUCACUAACUGUCACAAGCUUUCUGCACUGCCACAAGAUAUUGCAAAGCUGGAGAAUUUGGAAGUGUUAAGGUUAUGCUCCUGCUCUGCUUUGAUAGAGAUGCCAGAUUCUGUUGAAGGGCUUAACAAGCUAAGCUGUCUUGACAUCUCAGACUGUGUUAGUCUUACCAAAUUACCAGCUGACAUUGGUGAGUUGACCAAGCUUGAGAAGCUCUACUUGAAGGGUUGCUCAAAACUGAAUGAAUUGCCAUACUGUGUCGUUAAUUUUGGAAAUUUAAAGCAUUCAAUAUGUGUGAUCUGUGACGAAGAAACGGCUGCCCUUUGGGAAAAUUUCCCCCCCAUUCCCAAGUUGAAGAUAGAGAUAUCCCAAGUGGAGAUUAAUUUAAAUUGGCUUUCUGGAGUUCAUUCCUGAAAUUGAUAGCGACUCGGAAUCAUGUUGAUAUUGGACAACGAUGUUAAUGUACAUAGAAUAAAAAGAAAGCAAGAAUUUGUGUUGGGUGAUUCUGUAAAUGUAAGACAUCAAUGUGGCUUGAAAGAACAUUUCAUAUGUAAUAUUAGCAUGCUCGCUUAUGUUUAUGUGAUCAUCUAGCUUAGGGUUAUUAAUGGUAUCUUGUGUGUUUUGUUGCUUUGGCAGGAGUUACCAAGAUCAAUUCUAACAUUUCAGCUUCGCUAGCUCAUGAGGAGCACUCGCCAUUUUCUUCUAUUCCAACAUGCAUAGAUUCCUUUUUGUGAUACAUGUUGAACAAUAGGGAUCAUUAUCAAUCAACAUCAAGAAGUCAAAUUAAAUAUAAUCUCAAACAGAAAACAUAAAGGUGUGAAGUAAGAAAACAAAUGAAUAUACAAUAUUUAAAGGCUGCAAACUUUAACGAACGUAAAAAAAAAAAAAAAAA